CCUGCAUGCCCUGCUCCUCUGUGAGGGCCUCUUUGACCCCUACCAGACCUGGCGGCGCCAGCACAGUGGGGAAGUCAUCAGCUCCAAGGAGAAGAACAAGUACAAGUUCCCUCCUGCGGCUUUGCCUUGUGAAUUCAACGUCUUCUUUCAAGAAACCCUGAAGGAUGCAGACCUCCUGCCUCCUAUGCUGCUGCUGCGACUCAUCCACCUCUUUGGCGCCAUCCUUGCAGGAGGGAAGGAGAACGGACAGAUGGCUGUGAACACUGGCGCUGUGCAGGGCCUGCUGGGUGUAGUCCGGGACUGGGGGCAACGGCCAGCCCAGGACCCCCGCCUAGUGCUGCUGGCGCUAGAGGCCCUGGUGGGUGCGAUCCAUGUUCUGCAUGCCAGCCGCACACCUCACCGCGGGCCAGAGCUCCGCGCCCUGCUCGAGGGCUACUUCCGAGUUCUUAAUGCUGACUGGCCAGCGGGGCCAAGCCCAGGCCCUGAAGAGGCCCUCAUCACUCUACGGGUCAGCAUGCUCGAUGCCAUUCCCAUGAUGCUGGCCUGCGAGGACCGGCCAGUGCUGCAGGCCACCUUCCUCAGCAACAAUUGCUUUGAACACCUGAUCCGUCUCAUCCAGAAUAGCAAGCUGUAUCUGCAGACCCGGGCGCCCCCUGAGGGGGACAGUGACCUGGCUACCCGGUUACUGACCGAGCCCGAUGUCCAGAAGGUACUGGACCAGGACACAGAUGCCAUUGCAGUCCACGUCGUCAGGGUGCUGACCUGCAUCAUGAGUGACUCUCCCUCAGCCAAGGAGGUGUUUAAGGAACGCAUCGGCUACCCUCAGCUUCACGAGGUUCUGCAGAGCCACGGUCCCCCCACUCAGCGGCUGUUGGAAGAACUACUUAACAUGGCUGUGGAGGGUGACCACAGCACGUCGCCGCCGCCACCAAUCCGCAACGAGCAGCCGGUGCUGGUGCUGAUGCAGUGGCUGCCGGCACUGCCCACGGCCGAGCUGCGGCUCUUCCUCGCGCGACGCCUCUGGGGGCUCUGUGACAGCUGCUCUGCCAGCCGUGCCACCUGUGUGCAGGCAGGCCUGGUGGACUGCCUGCUGGAGACGCUCAGUGCAGGGGUGGCCCUGGGGCCCCACUGCCAGGAGCAGCUUUUGGCACUGCUGCAAGCACUGGGGCGCGUGUCUCUAAGGCCACUGGAGCUGCGGCGUCUGCUGCGCCCCCCGCCGGGGCUGGACUCGGGGCUGGAUGGACCGGAGUCUGGGAAGGCCCGGCAUGCAGGUGCCAUCAUCCGGGCCUUGUCAGGCAUGGCCCGGCACCAGGGUCCCCCGCGAGCCCUGCGCUACUUCGACCUGACACCUGGCAUGGCGGGGAUUAUGGUGCCUCCUGUGCAGCGGUGGCCCGGACCCGGCUUCACCUUCCACGCCUGGCUCUGUCUGCACCCCGCCGCCCCAGCGCCGGCCAUGGCCCCCAGCCGGCCUCCCCAGCGAAAGCAGUUGUACAGCUUCUUCACCAGCAGCGGCUCGGGGUUUGAGGCCUUCUUCACGGCGUCCGGGACACUGGUAGUGGCCGUGUGUACCCGGAAGGAGUACUUGACCAUGAGCCUGCCCGAAGUGUCCUUUGCCGACUCUACCUGGCACUGUGUAGCCAUUGUCCAUGUGCCGCGCCGGGCCUUCAGCCAGAACCAGGUCCAUGUCUACAAAGAUGGCUAUCUGGUCAAGACAGCACCCCUUCGCUGCCCCUCCCUCUGUGAGCCUUUCUCCUCCUGCUGCAUCGGCUCUGCUGGGCACCGCACAACGACCACCACCAUGGGGCUGCCUGCGCCACCAGCCCCCGCUGCCCCGGCUCACACUCAUCCCUCCCUCAUGCGCUCCCAGUCAGUCCCAGCCACCACAGGGCUCGGCUGGGGCUCCGGGCUGGCGACCCCCCUGCAGGAGGGCAGCAUCAGCUCCACCCUCGCAGGCACUCAGGACACUCGGUGGGGCAGCCCCACGUCCCUGGAGGGGGAGCUGGGGGCCGUGGCCAUCUUCCAUGAAGCCCUGCAGAUGCAAGCCCUGCAGGCCCUGUGCACCCUAGGGCCCAACGAGACGGCACCUUUCAAGCCUGAGGGGGAACUGCAUGAACUUGGCACCAAGCUCCUCCUCCAUUACUCGCCUCAGGCCUGUAAGAACAACAUCUGCCUGGACCUGUCCCCUGGCCAUGGGCUGGAUGGCCGUCUGACGGGCCACAGGGUGGAGACCUGGGACGUGAAGGACGUGGUGAACUGUGUGGGAGGCAUGGGUGCACUGCUGCCCCUGCUGGAGCGAGUGGCUGCACAGCCCCAAGAGGCUGAGGCAGGCCCAGCCGAAACACAUGACCUCGUGGGGCCCGAACUGACUUCUAGCCACAACACCCAGGGCCUGAUUCUCCCCCUGGGCAAGUCCUCAGCAGAGGAGCGCAUGGAGAGGAACGCAGUGGCCGCCUUUCUGCUGAUGGUGCGGAACUUCCUGCAGGGCCACACUGUCAACCAGGAGAGCCUGGUCCAGUGCCAGGGGCCUGCCAUCAUCGGGGCCCUCCUGCGCAAGGUCCCCAGCUGGGCUAUGGACAUGAAUGUGCUCAUGUCUGCCCAGCUGCUGAUGGAGCAAGUGGCAGCUGAGGGCAGUGGGCCCCUCCUCUACCUGCUGUAUCAGCAUCUGCUCUUCAACUUUCACCUCUGGACGCUCAGCGACUUUGCUGUACGGCUUGGUCACAUCCAGUACAUGUCGAGCAUAGUCCGCGAGCACAGACAGAAGCUUCGCAAGAAAUACGGGGUCCAGUUCAUCCUAGAUGCCCUGCGCAUCCACUACAGCCCGCAGCGGGAGCGCCCCCUAGCGGCUGACGACCUGCGCACUGUGCAGACUUCACUCCUGGGUCUGGCCCGGGAGUUCCUGGUCCGGAGCUCCUCGGCUGACGACAUGCAGGUGGUGCUGAGCUUUUUGGCGGCGGCAGGUGAUGAUAGCCAGGUGGUGGGCGCCCUGGACCUGCUGCUGACCCUGCUGCAGUCCUCUCCGGCACAGGAGUCCUUAGCUGUCUUCCUACUCGAGCCAGGGAACCUUGAGGUGCUGUUGGCAUUGCUGGUGCGGCCAAGGUCACUGCCCCUGCUGCCCGACCGAGUCUGCAAGAUCCUGCGCAGACUGCAGCAGAACGAGCGCUUACCUGAGCGCAGCCGCCAGCGCCUCCGGCUGAGAGAGUGUGGCCUCCUGGGGCUCGUCACCUGCCUGCCCGAGGGGAUCGUUUCCCCCCAGCUCUGCCAGGGCCUCUACAGGCUGUUCCUGGGGGCAGAUUACCCCAACCUCUCAGAUCUGUUGGCUGUGGUGCAGCUGUCCCUGCAGGCUGACCUCAGUGUCCGCCUGGACAUUUGUCGCUUGCUCUUCCACCUCAUCUACGGACAGCCAGAAGUAGUGCAGCUCCUGGCCCGACAGGCCGGCUGGCAGGACGUGCUGACCCGGCUGUAUGUCCUGGAGGCCGCCACGGCCGACAGUCCCCUGCCUCUGACCCCAGAGGUGUCCACCUCCCCGGAGUCGGCCUUAUCCAAGCCGUCCACUGAGUCACCUGAGCCUUCCGAUGUUUUCCUGCCCUCCGAGGCCCCCUGCCCUGACCCUGACGCCUUUUACCACGCGCUUUCCCCCUUCUGCACACCUUUUGACCUGGGCCUGGAACGGGCCAGUGUGGGCUCGGGCAAUACUACUGGUGGCAGCAGUGGGACCCUCACUCCAGCCAGCCACCCCGGGACACCUUCCCCACUCGAUGGACCCCGGCCCUUCCCUGCUGCCCCUGGCCACCACAGCUCCAGUCUUUCCAACGUGCUGGAGGAUGGCAGCCUCCCGGAGCCCGCCAUCAAUGGAGAUAAUGCCUCUAAUACCAGCAAUCCGCAGCAAACCUCUGAGGAGGAGCUGUGCAACCUACUCACCAAUGUGCUGUUCUCGGUGACGUGGCGGGGGGUGACAGGCAGCGACGAGGCUGCCUGGAGGGAGCGUGGCCAGGUCUUCUCGGUGCUCACCCAGCUGGGGGCCUCAGCCACACUUGUCCGCCCCCCAGACUGCAUCAAGCGCAGCCUCCUGGAGAUGAUGCUGGAGUCAGCCCUGACGGACAUCAAAGAGGGGUCCCCUGGGGUCCUGGCCAGCCUUACGGAGCAGGCACUUUGGCUCCUGCGCCUGCUGCAGGACUUCCUGUGUGCUGAGGGCCAUGGCAACCAGGAGCUGUGGAGUGAAAAGCUCUUUGAAGGUGUGUGCAGCCUGCUAGACCGCCUGGGAGCCUGGCCGCACCUGGCCAAUGGCACGGCGGACCUGCGGGAGAUGGCACAGAUUGGCCUACGCCUGGUGCUCGGCUAUAUCCUGCUGGAGGACCCACAGCUGCACGCACAGGCCUACGUGAAGCUGCACUCGCUGCUGCAGACCGCGGUGCCCAUGCGCCGCGAGGAAGCCUGCUACGUGCUCUCCAAGCUCGAAGCUGUGCUCUCCCGGGCGCUGCACGCCCCCCCCGCCGACAUGGCAGCUGAGGGCGCGGAGCCCCCAGUUUUGUCCGCUGCCGCCAUGGAACGCUGCUCGUGGCUGGUGCCGCUGGUGCGCACGCUGCUGGAUCGUGCCUACAAGCCGCUGGGGCUGCAGUGGGGGCUGCCGUCCCUGCCACCCACCAACGGCAGCCCCACCUUCUUUGAGGACUUCCAGGCCUUUUGUGCCACGCCCGAAUGGCGCCAUUUCAUCGACAAGCAGGUCCAGCCCGCCAUGUCACAGUUUGAAAUGGACACUUACGCGAAGAGCCACGACCUCAUGUCAGGCUUCUGGAACGCCUGCUACGACACGCUCAUGAGCAGUGGGCAGCGGCGCCAGCGGGAGCGGGGACUUAGUCGUCGGGCCUUCCAGGAGCUGGUGCUGGAACCCGCGCAGCGGCGAGCGCGCCUGGAGGGCCUGCGCUUUGCGGCGGCCCAGAAGCAGCAGACCGCACAGCACUCCACCGCCCUGCUGCACUGGGGGGCGCUGUGGCGUCAGCUCUCCAGCCCCUGCGGGGCCUGGGCCCUGAGGGACCCGCCCACCCCUCACUGGAAGCUGUCCAGUGCAGAGACAUACUCUCGUAUGCGCCUGAAGCUGGUGCCCAACCAUCACUUCAAUCCCCACCUGGAAGCCAGUGCCCAGCGUGACAACCUGGGUGAGGCCCCCCUGUCGCCCACCGAGGAGACCUCACUACCUUUAGCGGUGACCAAAGAGGCCAAAGUCAGCACUUUGCCCGAGGAGCUGCAGGAAGACCAGCUAGGGGAGGACGAACUGGCUGCGCUGGAGACGGCGAUGGAGGCUGCAGAAUUGGACGAGCAGCAUGAGAAGCUGGUGCUGUCAGCUGAGUGCCAGCUAGUCACGGUGGUGGCCGUGGUCCCCGGGCUGCUGGAGGUCACCACACAGCACGUGUACUUCUACGAUGGCAGCACUGAGCGUGUGGAAACAGAAGAGGGCAUCGGCCAUGACUUCCGGCGUCCACUGGCCCAGUUGCGUGAAGUCCACCUUCGGCGUUUCAACCUGCGCCGUUCAGCGCUUGAACUCUUCUUCAUUGAUCAGGCGAACUACUUCCUCAACUUCCCAUGUAAAGUGGGCGGGUCCACAGCUUCAACUCCUUGCCAGGCCCCCAGGACCCAACCCCGCCCCAUCCCACCCCACACCCAGGUACGGAACCAGGUAUACUCAUGGCUCCUGCGCCUGCGGCCCCCUAGCCAAGGCUACCUGAGCAGCCGCUCCCCCCAGGAGAUGCUACGUGCCUCUGGCCUCACUCAGAAAUGGGUACAGCGUGAGAUAUCCAACUUCGAGUACUUGAUGCAACUCAACACCAUUGCGGGACGGACUUACAACGACUUGUCUCAAUACCCUGUGGUGAGGGUCGGCUGCGUACCCCACCCCUGCCCCUCUGGUCUGCCAGCCCUGGUUCCCCCAAGCGCAGGCAACCCUGAGCCUGGACCUGGGUGGGCGCUGCCUCUUCCUGCCUGCCUCCCAUACCCAGCCGUCCUCCUAGUCUCUAGUCUUCCCAGAGGGACUCCUGCUCCAGGACAGUCCAUCCUGGUCCUCUGUAUCCCCCCCCCGCCCCUACCGAGUGGUUCAUCCCCGUCUUCUGAGGGUGAGGGACAGGGUGGGCAGCUAGGUCAUCAGGGCCUUCAUGCAUCCCCUGCCCGGGUGGGCGGCCAGUUCCCCUGGGUCCUACAGGACUACGUGUCCCCAACCCUGGACCUCAGCAACCCCGCCGUGUUCCGGGACCUGUCCAAGCCCAUCGGUGUGGUGAACCCCAAGCAUGCCCAGCUCGUGAGGGAGAAGUAUGAGAGUUUUGAGGACCCAGCUGGCACGAUUGACAAGUUCCACUACGGCACCCACUAUUCCAAUGCAGCGGGCGUGAUGCACUACCUCAUCCGCAUGGAACCCUUCACCUCCUUGCACGUCCAGCUGCAGAGUGGCCGCUUUGACUGCUCUGACCGGCAGUUCCACUCUGUGGCGGCAGCUUGGCAGGCCCGCCUGGAAAGCCCUGCUGAUGUGAAGGAGCUCAUCCCAGAGUUCUUCUACUUCCCCGACUUCCUGGAGAACCAGAAUGGCUUUGACCUGGGCUGUCUCCAGCUGACCAACGAGAAGGUGGACGACGUGGUGCUACCCCCCUGGGCCAGCUCCCCUGAGGACUUCAUCCAGCAGCACCGCCGGGCUCUGGAGUCAGAGUACGUGUCCGCCCACCUGCACGAGUGGAUCGACCUCAUCUUUGGCUACAAGCAGCGGGGUCCAGCGGCAGAGGAGGCCCUCAAUGUCUUCUAUUACUGCACCUAUGAGGGGGCUGUGGACCUGGAUCAUGUGGUGGACGAGCGAGAACGGAAGGCUCUGGAGGGCAUUAUCAGCAACUUUGGGCAGACCCCCUGUCAGCUGCUGAAGGAGCCACAUCCAGCUCGGCUGUCAGCGGAGGAAACAGCCCAACGCCUUGCACGUCUGGACACUAACUCACCUAGUAUCUUCCAGCACCUGGACCAGCUCAAGGCCUUCUUCGCAGAGGUUGUCAGUGACGGCGUGCCCUUGGUGCUGGCCCUGGUUCCGCACCGGCAGCCCCACUCCUUCAUCACCCAGAGCUCCCCAGACCUGCUGGUGACCGUGAGCGCCAAUGGGCUGCUGGGUACCCACAACUGGUUGCCCUAUGAUCGCAACAUAAGCAAUUACUUCAGCUUCAGCAAAGAUUCCACCAUGGGCAACCCCAAGAUGCAGCGACUACUGAGCGGCCCCUGGAUUCCAGACAGUGGCGUGAAUGGGCGAGCCCUGGCAGUGGCCCCUGAUGGAAAGCUGCUGUUUAGUGGUGGCCACUGGGACAGCAGCCUGCGGGUGACUGCCUUACCCCGGGGCAAGUUGUUGAGCCAGCUUCACCACCACCUUGAUGUAGUGACCUGCCUUGCACUGGACACCUGUGGCAUCUACCUCAUCUCAGGCUCCCGGGACACCACAUGCAUGGUGUGGCGGCUCCUGCAUCAGGGUGGCCUCUCCAUAGGACUGGCGUCAAAGCCUGUGCAGGUCCUCUAUGGGCAUGAGGCUGCAGUGAGCUGCGUGGCCAUCAGCACAGAACUUGACAUGGCUGUGUCUGGAUCUGAGGAUGGAACUGUGAUCAUCCACACUGUCCGCCGUGGCCAGUUUGUGGCAGCACUGAGGCCCCCUGGGGCUGCGUUGCCUGGACCAGUAUCCCACCUGGCGCUGGGGUCUGAGGGCCAGAUUGUGGUACAGAGCUCGGCAUGGGAACGUCUAGGGGCACAGGUCACCUAUUCCUUGCACCUGUACUCAGUGAACGGGAGGCUGAGGGCUUCACUUCCUCUGACAGAGCAGCCCACAGCCCUGGCAGUGGCUGAAGACUUUGUUCUGUUGGGCACUGCCCAGUGUGCCCUGCACAUCCUCCACUUGAACAAACUGCUUCCGGCGGCGCCUCCUCUGCCCAUGAAGGUGCCCAUUCGCAGCGUGGCUGUGACCAAGGAGCACAGUCACGUACUCGUGGGCCUGGAGGAUGGCAAGCUGAUCGUGGUGGGCGCCGGGCAGCCCUCUGAGGUGCGAAGCAGUCAGUUCGCGCGGAAGCUGUGGCGGUCCUCGCGGCGCAUUUCCCAGGUGUCCUCCGGGGAGACCGAGUACAGGCCCGAAGAGGCUCGCUGAGAGCCUGCCUGGGCCCGCAGCUCGGCUCCGCCCCGCCAGGCCCAGCCCCGCGGCGAGGACACAGACAUUGGCCCGCACUCGGGGGUGGGCAGACCACUCCCGCCCAGCUCAGGGAUUGGUGGGCAGAGUCACUCCAGGAAGCCCCGCCCCUCGCCGGCAGAGGGGCCGCCAGGAGUUCCAAGGGACCUCGGGCCCGCACAGCACUUUUUGCACAGCCUGGUCGGGGGCGAGGGGUGCCUAGGUUUCUAAUUCCCUGGUCGGCCCUGGUAGAACACCGGCCGGGCUAUGGCCUUAAUCCUAAAGGCGCCCCCCCCACACCACCCCCAUCGCCUUCUUGGCAAUAAACAUG